GCGUCUCAUGUGCAGGACUCUCCACUGAGCCCUCUUCAUGGUGCAAUUUCACGACUUUGUUCUUUAGGAUGAAGAAUGUCAAAUUUUUACAUUUGCCAUUGCUUCUUGUUUUAGUGCAUGUCUGCUUUGCAAAAGCAGACUUUGCACCCUAUUUCUAUGACAAUGGGCCCUAUAGCCACAACGGGAACCUGGCUCUGUUUAGCCUGUCAGAGGACACGGCUGUCGGUACACAGAUCUACUGUCUCAAUGGCACAGAUCCUGAGGGUCAGGAGGUGAGAUAUGGCCUUGCCUUUGAGCCAGGGUCCAAAGAAUAUUUCAGAGUCGACCCCAAAUCCGGAAACAUCACCUUGGUGGAAAAGCUAGACAGAGAGAAACAAGAUUCUGUUGAAGUUCUGGUCAGCAUCACAGACGGCCGAAGCAAGGUUGUGGAAAAAGUGACGAUAUUUGUGAUGGAUGCAAAUGAUGAAAGACCAGAGUUCCAAAAUAUGCCUGCAAUUGUUGACGUACUGGAAACCACUGCAUCUGGUAGCAGCAUCUUCAAAGUCCAGGCAGUGGACAGAGACACAGGCUCAGGCGGCUCUGUCACCUACUACCUCCAGAACGCCCAGCCCAGUUUGUUUGCCAUCGACAGACACAGUGGCGUCCUUCGUAUCAAACCUGGGGAAAUGCUGGACUAUGAGAAAUCCAAGACGCACUUUGUCACUGUCAUUGCAAAGGAUGGUGGUGGGAAUUUUAAUGGCAAGGAGCAGUUUUUGUCGUCCAGUGCUACUCUGACAAUCAAUGUGAUAGAUGCCCAGGACACACCACCAUCUUUCAUUGGGAUACCAUACUUUGGCUACGUUUAUGAAGUUUCAGCGCCAGGAUCGGAAAUAUACACUGUUGUUGCCAAAGAUGGUGAUGUGGGAAAUCCAAAUCCAAUCAGUUAUUCAUUUGACGAAGGUGAUGAUGGAGUUUUUAGCGUCAAUGAAACUACUGGUGUCAUCACCCUGCUGACUCACCCCAUGUAUCUGAAGAGAGAGAUAUUCAACAUCAAAGUCAGGGCUUCAGAAGUUGGUCCUGAUGGCAGCCUCAUGGACUACGGAGUGACCACAGUGGUGAUCCGGGUGGUGGAUCUGAACAAUAAUCCACCCACUUUCUAUGGGGAGAAAGGCCCGCAGAACAUUUUUGAGCUGACCAUGUAUGAACAUCCACCAGAGGGAGAGAUACUCAGGGGGCUGAAGAUCACCGUCAAUGACUCUGAUCAGGGGGCCAAUGCCAAAUUCAACCUGAGGCUGAUCGGACCAGGAAGGAUGCUGCGAGUCGUCCCGCAGACGGUCCUCAAUGAGGCUCAGGUCACAAUCCUGGUUGAGGACUCUGCUGCUAUGGACUAUGAGAAACACCAUUUUCUCACAUACAAGUUACUUGCAGUUGAGAUUGAUACACCGGAGAGAUUCAGCGCCACAGCAGACAUUGUCAUUCAUCUCCUGGACACCAAUGACAACGCCCCCAAAUUCUCCUCAGAUUACUACAUAGCAAGAAUUCCCGAAAACUCACCCGGUGGCUCCAAUGUUGUGUCAGUGACGGCAACAGAUCCAGACUCAGGACUCUGGGGGGAAGUAAAGUACUCUAUCUAUGGCUCAGGGGCUGACCUGUUCCUGAUCCAGCCUACAUCUGGGAUCAUCUACACUCAGCCUUGGGCAAACCUGGAUGCAGAGGUCAGAUCCAAGUAUAACUUCUAUGUGAAGGCAGAAGACACUGAGGGAAAGUACAGCCUGGCUGAGGUCUUUGUCACUGUGUUGGACCUGAAUGACCAUCCACCUGAGUUCAAUGAGAAUUUCCUGGAGAAGACCAUGAUCAUUGGAGCACCAGUGAAAAUAGAGGCUGUGGAUGAUGAUGCAGAGGAACCCAACAACGUCAUUGAGUACUCCAUCAUGAAAGCUGACCCAGAUAACAUCUUUGACAUCAACUCUGACACGGGGGAGAUUAUGCUCAAGUCCUACAUCAAGUCAAUAGACAUCGUGCAGAACAUCACCAAGCAGAAGGACUGCACCUGGUCUUUGGUGGUCCAGGCCCGCGACCGAGGCCAGCCCUCCUUCAGCACCACCGCAGUCGUCAAGAUUGACAUUAGCGAAGCGAUCAAAUCCAGAUUUUUCUCAUACUUCCUGGGCCUAAGGAAGCGUCCAGGGGCUGUGUUUGGGAUUUGUUUGACCGUUGUCUCCUUCGCCAUUUCUUUGACAAUCUUCAUUUCAACACUUAUGUACUGGAACUCUGUGAAAAAGUCACGUAUCCAAUCUCAGGGCAAGAUCAGAAAGAUUACAAGGAGGGUUGUGCCAUAAAUGAAGCUUGCCACGAGAUUAUCAGCAUUAUCAGCAUUAUUCUGAGGUACUGAGAAUUUCUGGUAUAUUAUUUUAAAAAGCUGCUUUAGAAUUAGGUUGGCGUCUGUAAAGGAGUACAGGAGCACAGUGUAAACUAUCCUCACAACACUAAAUUGUCUUUAUUAAUAUAAAAACACAACUGCAACACGCUUCCAUAAUCCAAGGAAUAGAUUUAUCCUUCUUUGUAGAUUUUAUCAAGAAUCCAUACCAUUUCAUUAUCAAAUGCAGUGCGGGAUUGUCUCAGCUAUGCGUGUCCCAAUCAACUCUUCUGAUCUUGUCUUGACCAAAUGUGAGAAAAACAGUGCACUUCAUUGUAAAAUCAUUAUUAUUUUAGUGUGCUUAAUUGGCAAAAGCACCCGGACAUAAGCAUUUUUGUCUGUUCCUAAACUGGCAUAAUAAUAUUGGCUAUGAUUUGUCACUGGCAAUGAUUUAUUUGUGCUUUUAACAGUGUCUCUUUGGCAGCAGUAACAAUGUAUACUUCAAAUCAUGUGUUUUGGCCAAAUGAUACAGGCAGGACUCCACAUAAGGGAGAACAGACAGGAGUUAAGCAUUGUGUUUGACAGUCUAUGAUUUCAGUCCCAUGGAUGUGACUUCUCCCUGUGCUCUUUUACAGACCCAACUCAGUGGGGGGCCUUUGGCGUCAUUUUUAAUGCAGAGUAGAGACAAGCCUUUGCAAAUCCUAGGCAUGCUCGCUGGUGU